AUGCGCAAAUAUGACGGCAAAGGACACGACGCAGCCUCACUUGGCGAGCUUCAUCCUUUGCUUUUGCCGUGCCCAAUGCCGCCCUCGCGCGGACAGUCGUCUGAGGCUUAUUUCCGCUUGAUUGAUACUGCCCGACGAUGGAUGAUACGACUAUCAUCAUCCUUACUCUCGAGUUCCGCGUCCAUACCUUUACAAAUAUUGUUACUCGACAUGCGGACGGGCUUGCUGGAAAGCUUCCAAAUGCUGUCCAUGCUUUAUUCGGUGGUCAAUUUUGACGAGAUGCCUAAACUGCUCGACCCCACCUCCAAGCCAUCAAAUCACCGGUCCUAUAGCUCAGUUGGCAUUCUUAUUGUACAGCCUCCUCGAAAUAAAAUUCUUCAGAAAGGUGUCCGAGUAUAG